AACGAGUCUUGAAAACACAACGACAAACUACGGCAUUUGUAAAUGUCUGGUAAUUUAGGCCUAAUAUCGUCGAGCCGUUUAUGUUUUACUCCUGAACGCCUCUGAAACAGCAAAAUGUCCAACGCCGUGUUAGCAGAAGUUGGUUGGGACGCGGGUUUUGCCAUCCCUGUAGCUAAUGCAGAGAAUAGAGCAUUAGAGGAGGAGCUUCAAAAGAAGCAAAAAGAGCAAUUAAAUCUUGAGAACAAAUUAAAUAAAAACAAGGAUGUGAUAAAUGCUCUGACUGAACACCUCAAAAAUCUAAGACAGGAGGUUUCCCACACUCAGGCAUUGUGCAAAGCCAGAGAGAAGGAGACUGAAUCAGAGGUGCAUUUCAGAGCACUGGCGGAGCGAGAGACGGGCCGCUUGAAGCAGGAGAUCACUCAGCUGGAGAGUCAACUGAAAACACUGAAUGAGAAGAAGAACGCACAGGAGAACAACAUCUUUAAAGCCACCCAGAAGCUUGAUGAACUGAAGAGUCAGCUGAACUGGGAUCAGCAGACCCUGGAGGCCUGGCUGCAGGAAUCAGCGCACAAGGAUGAAGACACCAUGGCCAUCAUCAAAUACGCCAAGCAAGACGAAAGCAAGAUUCGAGAGUUGACAUUGAACAUUGAGAAGUUGACUCUUGAAGCCAACCAGAAGAGAAAAACCUUGGACAAUGAAGUCACUGAGAGUGUUACAGCACAGGUUGCUCUUGACAAGACAGCCGAGAGCUUUCGUCAGGCUCACAUUGAGAGACAAGAGAUGAUCAGCCAGUGGGAGAACACCAUUGAACAGAUGAGAAAAAGAGACAAGGAGAUACAGCAGUGCGCCAUGCUGCAGGCAGAGGUGAACCAAGUGAUAAGAGAGAAGAAGGUUUUGCUUAAGGAGAGGAAGGACUUCAUGGAGCACGAGAUAGAGAACAAUAAGGAGCUGGAGAGGAAUAUAAGUGCGGCUGAACGCCAGGCACUUCGACUCAGGCAGCAGCUCCAGGAAGAGGAGAGGAACCAAAGACGUCUGCAGGAUGAAGUUGAAGUGCUAAAGGGAACUUUAGACCGAACAGCCACAGAUGUGGAGACCACCAGAUCUCAGUUAACCAGCAUGAAAAAGGACAUUCAGGACAAAACAGCAAAAGUUGAAGCGGCAAAGCUGCAUAAUGCUGCUCUGAAAGAGAAGCUGCGGCUGGUGACAGAAGCGGUGCUGGAUGGUGAAGAACAAGCUGCACAGAUGGAGCAACUGCGCAAAGAACAGGAACAGAACAUCAAAGAGAUCGAUGCUCAGCUGCUCCGACAGAGAGAGCUCAUGUUCAGAAAGAGUCAGGAGUUGCAGGGACUGCGUGAUAAAGAGAAAAACACCACGGCUGAGAUCUGCGCCACCCGGGCCGCUAUCUCCAACCUGGACAGCAGGCUCAGUAAACUAGACCAGAACCUGCUCAAACAGCAGAUGAUCAUCUCCAACCAGGACUUUCAGAUCCAAAUGCUGGAGAGGAAGACGUCACACUUGCAGGGGAAGGUGAACACAGAGGAGAAGGAAGCUCUGGAGAAGAGGGCUUCUGAUCUGGCUGAAGCUCUAGAGGAGAAGAAUAAAACAGCUGCCACCCUCACCACGCAGCUGAAGAAACUCCAGGAUGAUAUCCGCUGCAUUAGGAAAGACACAGAAAAGAUUGGCGCAGAAAAGAGAGAACUGACCUCCAAGAUCCAGGAGCUGGAACUCUUCACUGACAACUCUGAGAAAGACCAGAAAAAACUCAGGCUCAAAAAACAGGAUAGCAUGGUGGAGAAAGGUCUCCUGAAGAUGGAGGUGCAGCGGCUGAGAGAUCUGCUGUAUGACCGAGCAGAUGGAGUGCUGAGCCUGGAGAAGAGACGUCUGCAGCUGCAAACGGCAAUGAAAGAGAAAGAGCAGGAGAUCCGUGUGCACAGAGAGAUGCUCGCUAAACAGAUCAAGCUCACUGAACAGGAGAGACAAGGACUUAGUGCUGCGGUGAACGAGAGUUUGUUCAAAAUUGACAAGAUGAGGAAAAGGUAUGAGAUCCUGACUGUUUCUUUGGCUGCACCAGAGGGAGAAGAGGAGAAAUCCCAGGCCUACUUUAUUAUAAAGGCAGCUCAAGAGAAAGAAGAACUCCAGCGGCAAGGGGAUGAUUUGGACGCCAAAAUCCGCAAGACAGAGAAAGAGAUCCACGCAUUGGAGAACACCCUGCAGGUUGUCAACAACUGCAAUACAACCUACCGCAAAGCCCAGACCAAAGUCACAGAGUCCAGUCCUGCACACCAGGAGAAACUGAAGCUGGAGGAGCAGAGACGAGCAGCCGAGGAGAAAUACAAAUAUAAGAAACGGCAAAUCCGAGAACUGCAGGAGGACAUUGAAAGCAUGUCCCGCACAUUGGAGGGUCUUCUUCAAGAGGAAGCAGUCCAGAAUGAGACCGUUGAGACGACUCAGGCCCGUGUGCUCUCUCUCAACAAAGACAUUCUCUCUCAGGGAGAGAAACUCAAUAGAGCCAUCAAACAGUGUUCCAAAUAUACCAGGGAAAUUCGGUCUGCUAAAAACACCAAAGAGAAGACUUUUGAGGAACGUGACAUACAGCUACGAGAGCUCAGAGAUUUAAAUAAAAGUGUAAAUAAGAUGCUUCUGGAAGCCAUGAAGGAAAAUCCUGAGCUGUCGUCUGCAUUGCAGAUGUGUUUUAUGCAGGCUGGUCUGUCCCUGCCCUCCCCCGCUUCAACUCCAUCCAGCCGUCUGAGUUCAAAGAUCAACUCAGCCCGCAGUUCUGCUUCACUACAUCGACCCUCACAUCCAUCAGCCAGCAGCAGUCCCAGAAGCCAAUCUGUCACAUUCCCUGCAGUGAAGACAGUGGAUCUGGGUUUGGGCCUCUCAGUCACGUCCCCGCAAGGAUCUCGGCCACCCAGCGCUGGGGGCAGCAGCAGGAGCAGCAAGUGCAAAAGCCCUUAGACAAAACCAGAUGCCAGUCUCUAUGAAGAACAGUAAAUUUAUUAUUCCUAAUUAACUCAGUGGUCAACUUAUUCAAUACAGCGUUUCUUUAAAAUAGCUUUCGCAUGUUUAAAAUUCACUUUUCAUUUCCUAGAAAUUGUUUUUAAAGGGAAGUACAACUUUAGACUUUACUGUAAACACAGUUUUAUUAUUGACUCUUUUGUUUGGAAUUACAUACUCAUGUCUUGUUUUAAUUUCACUACUUUGUGUUGCGUGGCAGUAACAUAAUAAAGAAACAAUAAAACCCUACAUUCGUGAAAUGCUUUGGCCCGUGAUGAAUCAAAGGUAUCAGGUGAAAAUCGGAGUAACUUCCGUCUACAGCCUAUUGUGUUUGUGCCGCCAAUGCAGGGGUGUGUUCAGUUCCACUAUUUAUGGAAACCCAUGAAACAGACAUUUCAGUCAACGCCCGCCAUACAACCUAGAAACCUGAAGAGUCGCUGAACGCUUAUUCAGAUUCGUUACUCCUAAAGGAUCAGAACAAUGGAGAAAGUUUUCAUCCUGUUUGUUGGAUUUCUGUGUUUUUCUGUGGGAGAAUCGACCACUACAGUUGAUCCUACAACAGAAUUGCUUACAACAUCACCUGCAACAACAGAAAACUGGUCAAUGACUUCUCAGCAGCCUGCCCCUUCUGUAAUUACUGGCUUGAGGAUAACUGUCAAAUCUUUGAUUGAUCUGUCCAGUAACUCACCUGAGAUGGAGUACCUUGUGCGUCAGAUUGAAACAUUCAUUCCUUCUGAACACAAGGCAACAACUUCCAUUACAGUAAGAAGCAUCCAGAAAGGCAGAACUUCUUAGAAACAUUAAUAUUGUAAGCUAGAAGAAGGUCAGAUAUGUUGUUAUGUUAUUGUUCUUUGUGUAGUUUUAUCAGGGCAUUUAUACAUGAAUGUGAUUUUUUCUUGUUUAUAAAGUACUGUUCUCUAAAUAAGCAGUAGUGUCAUGGUACAACAAGGUACAACUUUAAAAUGAGUUGUUGUGAAUGAAAUACUAUUAAGCUCUGAGUCUGGACUUUAAAUAAACAGUCUUUUGUUUCUGAUGACAGUUUUAUAUAUAUAUAUAUUCCAUAUGUAGUUUUUUGACUGUACUAAAGCAUAAAUAUGUUCAGGAUAUUUAGGAAACAUGCUAAAUUCACACACUUGUUUCUGCAAUAAACAAUGCUACAAUGA